AUGUCAACUGUUUUACCUAUUUUAAUACCAAAGAGCAAGAACAUUCUAUUACUAAAAGAUGAUAUUGGAAAACCUAAGCCAAGCACUCGAAAUCUUCCAGAUGAUAGCUUUAGAUAUGGGAAAUCAAGUAAGAGAGAUCCUAUUUAAAUUUAAUUUUCUACUUUAGAAUGCGGAAAUGAAAUCUCAUCGUUCAUGCGAAGAAAUCAUAGGGCCUAGAAUUCAGACAUUAACUUAAUGACCCAUGGGAUCAGAUAUAAACCCUAAACUCCAUUAGAUAAAGUCUUAAAACAAUAAUAUGCCUCUGAGGCAAAAGAGCAUUUAGACAAGAUCUAUCAACAGAGAAUGAAAACAGAACCCAAGACCCAAUCUUUUAAUAAAAAUAGGUCAUUUUCAUUAAGAUAACAACAUAAUACAAAAAAAGAAUAGAAAAAGAUGUUUAAGCUUUAGUAGUUUUAGGAUAUAAAAUCUAAAAUAUUUCAAUGA